AUGGGGCGUAUAGUGAAAGCACAAGCACAAUCUGCUUUGGUAGAGUACUUCCAUUCAACUAGGAGUUUGAGGAUCAUGGAUGCUGAAAAUAUGGGGAAAAAUACCCUAGAGUUUUUCAAUAGGUUGAUGAAGAGAAGGUACCAUCCAGUUAAUGAGUUUGAGCCCUUCUUUGAGAGCAUAGGAUUGAAUCGUUCCGAAUACGUGGAGUAUCUUCCUAGAAACUUGAUGUUUUUGUGUGAUGAUGAGUUGUUGUUGGACAAUUAUUAUGUUCUGUAUAACUAUGGCAUUGAAAGGAAUAGGAUUGGGAAGAUUUUCAGAGAGGCUAAUGAGGUAUUCCGGGGUGACUACGGCUCUCUGCAGGCAAAGCUUCGAUCUUUAGAGGAUUUGGGGCUGAGACGGUCUCUCGUUGCCAAGAUUGUUGCUGCGAGUCCUCGUCUUUUGAAGGUGGAUGUUGAUGAAUUUGUUGAGUUUCUGGAGAUGUUAAAGAUGGUGGGGAUUGAAUGCGAAUGGCUUUCGGAGAAUAUAUGCGAGGAGGAUUCUUACAGCUGGAAAUGCAUGCUUCAGCUCAUGUGCUUAUUGUGCAAGUUGGGCUGGAGCGAGAAGCAAGUCGGGGAACUGAUUAAGCAGCAUCCCGAUCUUCUGCUCGAGUGCUCUGGGCGCGUUACCUAUGGCCUAAUCGGGUUAUUGUUAAAAUUCGGAGCCACAAAGAGUGAUCUACACACUCUUUUUCAUCAGUUUCCUCAAAUACCAGUUUUGAAGUUUACUAAGAAUUUACAUACCUCCUACAUGUUCCUCUCUGAAAUAGACAUGGCUGCCCGAGAUAUCGGUAAAAUAGUCUGCUCGUACCCUGCACUUUUGGGUUCCAUUGAAUUAAAAAAAGUGAAAAGCAUAUUAAGCCUACUGUCCUGUGGCAAGAACAGGCUCUGUCAAAUGGUCAACGAUGAUCCGUUCACAAUGGAGGCAUGGGUCCUUGGUAGGAGAUUCGAACGACUAGAAACUCAAAAGAGGGCUGCUAAAAGUAUGGCUUUGAAAACUGAGUUUCUGAUAUGCCUAGGCUUCAAAAAGAAUUCAGAGGACUUGGAAAAGAGUCUUAAAAUGCUUCGGGGCAGAGGAGUUGAACUUCAAGAGAGGUUCAACUGUUUAAUGAAGAAUGGCCUGAGCCGCGAGGAGGCAAUAAAGAUGGUCAGAAUAUCUCCUCAAAUCCUCAACCAGACUCGUGAUGUUAUUGAGACGAAGAUUCGGCUUUUCUUUGAGGAGUUGGGCUACGGAGUGUCUGGUUUACUCACUCAUCCCAAAAUUUUAUCCUACACAAUUAAGAGGGUGAAGCUUAGGCUUUUAAUGUACAGAUGGCUUAAAGGUCAAGGAGCAGUGCGUCCCGGUUUGUCCCUGAGCACGCUCUUGGCUACUACGGAUGAAGAAUUUUUCAGAGCUUAUGUAGUUCCUCACGCUAGAGGGCUUGAAUUUUGGAUAAUGAUUCUCAGCCGUAAACUAGCUACGCAGAUAGCUCAGAUUGUUGAACUGGGAAUGAAUGAUGAUCUAUUGAAAUGGAGAUUGCUAAAACUUAAAGAUUGA